UCAGAGUGUGGACGAGCAGGAGCGGUCCCACAACACCACUGGAACUCAACUUUUCCCGCUGUUUGGGAUUACUUUUUUUUUUUGUUUGUUUUUUUUCCUUGUAAUGGAGCCUGGAGAGUACCGUCCUCCCGGGAAGAAGCGGAGACGCCGCUGCCUCAUUAUAAGCGUCGUGGCUGCGGUUGUUGUCAUUAUAAUCCUCGGUGUGGUGUUGGGAGUUUCACUUCGUCCAAACACAGACGAGCUAAAGCAAACAUUUACAGAUAGAUGCAAGGCAUUCAAAGAAUAUGACUGUGAAAAGAUCUGGGAUGUGUUUGUUCAAGCCUUUGUCGGAAAGGAUCCCUGUAACGUCCCCAUGGAGGCUUACAACCCUCUCAUAGAUGCAGCGCCCUUCAAACCUGCCUGCAACAGAAUGAUGUUUUGGAGCAAAACAAAGAAUGUGGUCCACGAUUUUACAGACAAGAGAGAUUGUUAUGUCACCCUGGAGGAUACUCUGUUAGGAUCGGUCAUGGAUGGUCUCAACUGGUGCGGGAAGGAGGGAAGCCAGGAGAUAUUUACUACCGGCUGCCCUGGAUGGACGGAUUGUGAGAAGAAUCCAGUUCGCUCAUUUUGGAACCGAGCCUCAGCUGCAUUUGCAGAUGUUGCCUGUGGUGAUGUCUCUGCAAUGUUAAAUGGAUCCAUAGCAACGCCGUUCAGUCCUUCGAGUAUCUUUGCGACCAUCGAGUUGGUGCGUUUUAACUCCACCAGAGUGAAGAGCCUCAAUGUUGUUCUGGUCACUCAGAAGACAGAAGUGACAGACUGCACAAAUCCAUCUUUGAAGGACUUGCAGAAAGAACUGGACCAAGGGAUUAAAUAUAAGUGCACUGAAGUCUCAGAAUCUCGGAUCGAGGCAUGUGGUGCAGAUCCUCAGAUCCCCUGCGGUGGCUGUUGGUGACAGUGUCAACACAAAAUGUCAUAUUUUACUGCAGUUCUGUCCUAAAAUACUGUACAAAUGUCUUUUCAUUUGACCUGUGUGCCAGUUUGAAGUAGCUACAAUGUGAAAAGUGCCUUUAUAUAUCGAUAGCCAAAAAACAAAACCUCCUAUCUGAAAUGCAAAUUUUUGGAUUUUGAGUUUUCGCAUUAAAUGGUGAGAACAAGGAUGACUCCACAUUUUCAGUCUAUCUGCAAGAUAAUCCCACCCUUUCUUAUGACAUGAAGGUCACCUGACAAAAAACCUCCUCGACCAUACUAUAA